CAAACAUCCACACCGCCUGUUUCGUCUUACCUUUACGUGCGUAAUCAUUUUGCGCUUCACUCCGCAUCCUGAUCGCCGGAGAGUUCAGGCUUCCACCGCAACGCACUGAGAAGUGAUCCGACCCCCAGUUUGGUGAGUGAAGAUGAUUCCUGUGCUGAUCUGCGCUCUGAUCUCACUGAGUGUAGCAGACAACGACUUAAACACCCUGUACCCUGAACUGGAGCUCUCGAGAACCAUCUAUGUCGUAGAGAAUGGCCCUCAACUCUCAGUGGUGGCAGAACAAUCAAAGGUGGUGUCCCGGCGGGGGGGGAACGCUACUUUACCAUGCAAGAUCCAAAGGGACCAGUCGCUGGCACCCAGUCGGAAGAUGAGGAUCAAGUGGACCAAGCUGACCUCAGACUACCUGAAAGAGGUGGAUGUUUUUGUAGCAAUGGAUCAUCACAAAAGGAGUUACGGCAGUUUCCACGGACGUGUCCACCUACAAGGCUCCUCUCCUCUGGAUGCUUCCCUGGUCAUCACAGAAAUCACCCUGGAGGAUUAUGGGAAAUAUAAAUGUGAAGUUAUUGAUGGGCUUGAAGACGGAACAGUGGUGGUGUCUCUUGACCUUGAAGGUGUUAUCUUCCCCUACUACCCGCGCCUGGGUCGUUACAACCUCAAUUUCUACAACGCUGAGAAGGCAUGUCGUGACCAGGACGCCAUCGUAGCGUCCUUUGACCAGCUGUAUGAUGCGUGGCGAGGAGGGAUGGACUGGUGCAACGCUGGCUGGCUGAGUGACGGCACGGUCCAGUAUCCCAUCACCACCCCCAGAGAACCCUGCGGAGGCAAGAACACAGUGCCGGGCAUUCGCAACUAUGGCCUGAGAGACAAAGAGAAGAACCAGUACGAUGUGUUCUGCUUCACCUCCCACUACAAAGGUCGGUUCUACUACCUGAUCCACCCCUCUAAGUUAACAUAUAACGAGGCGGUCGAGGCGUGUGAAAAAGACGGUGCUCAAAUUGCCAAGGUCGGCCAGAUGUACGUCGCCUGGAAGCUGUUGGGCUUUGACCGCUGCGACGCCGGCUGGUUGGCUGACGGCAGCGUCCGCUAUCCCAUCUCCCGCCCCCGCCGGCGCUGCAGUCCCACAGAGGCUGCCGUGAGGUUCAGCGGCUUCCCCGACAAGAAGCAUAAGCUGUACGGCGUCUACUGCUUCAAGGGCCGCAACUGAGCUGCAAACACACACAUACACACACAUAAGCAUGCACACACACACACUUAUACACUAGUGAACACACUAGCGAAGUGAAAAAGAGACAGAGGAACAAACACAUUCAAAAUGUGAUGCUUUAUGUCAUGGAAACCUUAAGACAUUGUUGUCAGACAGUCAUGUUGUUGCUUUGUAAUCUAGGACCUGAUACUCUACGAGGGAUAGUUUACACAUA